CGAGUGGAUGCGGAACCAGGAGAGGACAGCGCGCAGAGUGCUGUUGUCCUUCAUCACCGCGGUACCAACAUACCCCCGUUCCGCGGCUCCUUCGACGUCGUGUUUUACCGGAGUGGGACUAAGGAAUCGAGCCCUGAAAACGUCGCGAAUAUGGCGCAACCGGACAGCAAGAAGAUCUUCUUCGAGAACCUGUCCGGGGCGGGCAAAGCCAUCGCCGUGCUGACGAGCGGGGGGGAUGCUCAAGGAAUGAAUGCUGCUGUACGUGCUGUGGUUCGAAUGGGGCUCUAUGUGGGUGCAAAAGUUUAUUUCAUACAUGAGGGCUAUCAGGGGAUGGUGGAUGGUGGGGAUAACAUCAAGGAAGCUACAUGGGAAAGUGUCUCAAGCAUGUUACAAGUGGGCGGGACCGUCAUCGGGAGCGCCCGCUGCAAAGAGUUUCGCUCCCACGAGGGACGUCUGAAGGCGGCUCACAACCUGGUGCAGCGCGGCAUCACCAACCUGUGCGUGAUCGGGGGAGACGGCAGCCUGACCGGGGCCAACCUCUUCAGGGAGGAGUGGAGCGGCCUGCUGGCCGAGCUGGUGGAGCAAGGGCUGAUCGAAGAAGACGCUGUGCAGAAGUACUCGGCCCUCCACAUCGUCGGCAUGGUCGGCUCCAUCGACAACGACUUCUGCGGCACCGACAUGACCAUCGGCACCGACUCGGCCCUGCACAGAAUCAUCGAGGUGGUGGACGCCAUCAUGACGACGGCGCAGAGCCACCAGAGGACGUUCGUGCUGGAGGUCAUGGGCAGGCACUGUGGCUAUCUGGCCUUGGUGAGCGCGCUGGCUUGCGGGGCAGAUUGGGUGCUGAUCCCUGAGAUGCCUCCGGAGGACGGCUGGGAGGAGAAGAUGUGUCAGAAACUGUCUGCGAACCGCGCAGGGAUGAAACGGCUGAAUAUCAUAAUUGUAGCCGAAGGGGCGAUUGAUCAUAACAACAAGCCCAUUACCACUGAGUAUAUUAAGAAUCUUGUGGUCAAAUGCCUGGGCUUCGACACGCGCGUGACCAUCCUGGGGCACGUGCAGAGAGGGGGGACCCCGUCCGCCUUCGAUCGUAUCUUGGCCAGCCGGAUGGGCGUGGAGGCCGUCCUGGCCCUGCUGGAGACCACGGCCAACACGCCGGCCUGCGUGGUCUCCCUGUGCGGGAACCAGUCGGUGCGUCUGCCCCUCAUGGAGUGCGUACAGAUGACGCAAGAAGUCCAGAAGGCGAUGGACCUGAAGAAGUUUGAGGAGGCGGUGAAGCUCCGGGGCAGGAGCUUUGAGAACAACCUGAGGACGUACAAACUUCUGGCUCAUCGUAAACCAGAAAGUGACCUGCCAGUGAGCAACUUCAACGUGGCGGUGCUGAACGUCGGGGCCCCCGCGGCCGGCAUGAACGCUGCCGUCCGCUCGGCCGUCAGGGUGGGCAUCUCUGAGGGCCACAAGAUGUUCGCCGUCAGUGACGGAUUCGAGGGCUUUUACAAAGGACAGAUUAAAGAGAUCAAAUGGGGGGAUGUUGGAGGAUGGACGGGGCAGGGCGGUUCCCUGUUGGGGACCAAAAGAACACUUCCUGCUAAGCAUGUUGACAAAAUUGCCGAGCAGAUGCGAAAGCACAAUAUAAACGCACUGCUGGUUAUCGGUGGAUUUGAGGCGCUUGAGAGUCUGCUGCAGCUGUUUGAGGCUCGUGCUACCUAUGAGGAGUUUUGCAUCCCCAUGUGUAUGCUGCCCGCCACCAUAAGUAACAAUGUGCCGGGCACAAAUCUAAGUAUCGGGGCGGACACGGCCCUCAAUGCCAUCGUGGAGACUUGCGACCGCAUCAAGCAGUCGGCCAGCGGCACCAAGAGGCGCGUGUUCAUCAUCGAGACGAUGGGGGGCUACUGCGGCUACCUGGCCACCGUGGGGGGGCUGGCCGCCGGCGCUGAUGCUGCCUACAUCUACGAGGAGCCCUUCGACAUCAGAGACCUGCAGGCGAAUGUUGAGCAUCUGACAGAGAAAAUGAAAACCAGCAUUCAGAGAGGACUGGUCCUCAGGAAUGAGAACAGCAAUGAAAACUACACGACAGACUUCAUCUACCAGCUGUACACAGAGGAAGGGAAGGGGGUGUUUGACUGCAGGAAGAACGUGCUGGGACACAUGCAGCAGGGCGGAGCGCCGUCCCCGUUUGACCGCAACUUCGGCACCAAGAUCUCGGCCCGGGCGAUGCAGUGGCUCUCCCAGCGGCUGGUGGAGACGUUCAGACGAGGCCGAGUGUUUGCCAACACGGAGGACACGUGCUGCCUGCUGGGGAUGCUGGGCCGGACCCUCGUCUUCCAGCCCGUCGUGCAGCUCAAGGAUCACACCGACUUCGUCCACAGGAUCCCCAAGGAGCAGUGGUGGCUGAAGCUGCGUCCCCUCAUGAAGAUCCUGGCCAAGUACAAGACGAGCUACGACGUGUCCGACUCGGGCCAGCUGAGCACGUGAUCCACACCAGACCCAAAGAGUCGGACGCCUCCGUGGCCAUGUGAAGCCCCCGGCUCCCCGAGUACAGGCCGUGUGUGAGACCUGGACGCGUGUGAGGCCUCAUUCCUUCCUUAGUGUUGUAAACCAGCUCCGCACACGUCACUUCCUGCUCUGUCACUUCCUCCAGCGUCAUUCCUCAUUGUUAUAUCUUAACACCAUGAAUCAUGAACCGUAGUCCUACCAAACACACACACACACACACACACACACACACACAUACACACACACGCACAGUUGUCCUGCCAUGCAUCUGUGUGUCCUUGUCGCCCUGGUGGUUUAGUCUUAUAGUCGUUAUUAAAUUGCACUUUCUCUGUCUGGAGCUGCGUAGACGAGCUCUGGUUCCCAGAGCGGCACAAAGACGAAGCAGACGCUGUUAUCUGCAGUGAAGCUCAGCGCAGCGCAGCGCCGAUGAAGUGGGGCUCCGCGUAUUGAAGAGAAACUGAAGCAGCGCAGCUCCAACUGACGCCAGUCAGCAGAGCUGCGUCCUUUGCUCUACACUGAAGAACUAAUAUUUAUCUUUUUAACUUUGUUUAUUUUGCUUGUAAAGAUGGAUAUAUUAAUAAUUGUACUGUAAGCACAGCUGUGCUGAGUAGCCGUCUGUCAUUGCACCAACAAAUUAGCUGUGUACGAGACUGUGUGUACGAGAUUAUGAUUUCCCACAGAAUAAAAGUCAGACCAGAGAAGUGUAACCUGUU